AUGGCUUCGUUCUUUGAAGAACUCUGGAACUCUAUCUUCACGCCGGGCCCCACGCCUACAUUACUCGUUGCAACCAACGCAGCAUUUGCCGCCUUACAACUUCUUCUACUGAUCCUCCUUCUCGCAACCUACUCGAUUCACUUCCUCAUAUUGUCUGUACUCUGCGGUGGACUCUGGUAUUCAAUCAAUUGGUUCGCCACUGAGAUUUCCAAGGCGCAAGAGGCGGAUAAGGCUCAAGCAAAGAGGUCCAAGAGUCCAGAAACCGAAACCGCAAGCGACACAGAGACCGAAGGACCUGCGGUAGCGUCGACGGCGUCUUCUUCAGGCCCUCCCGAACAGCCGUCGGCAAAAACUACGUCAGCUCAAGCCUUGCAAGGACAGCGACACGAGAAGCCGAGGCCAAAAUCCCCACCUAGUUUGCUCGAGCCACGAGGGACCGAUGGCAUGGAAGCAAUCCGGCGGCGGCGAAGCUUAGGUGAAAGCUCAGGGUAUAUUAGUACGGACAGCGAGUGGGAGAAGGUAUCGGAGGGAGAAGAUAAAGGGAAAUGA